AUGACAGAUCUAACACCUAUCUUUAAUCAAUGUGUAGCAAUUAUAACACAGGAAUUGACUCCUGUAGAGCACAAGGUGGAUAAGCAACCUUAUAUCAUUGAAGAUACGUUUACCAAAGAAAGUGGAGAUUUAUAUGGAGCAAUAACCAAGAUCAACUCAUUUCUUACAGAUAUUAAACCUAAAUACCUUUCAAUUAAUUAUGAUGAACCCGGUAAAUUAACCAUUGAAGACAAAGACGCUUUGGACAAAGACAUUCAAAGGGAAAUCUCCGUUCUUUACGAGAAGUAUAAAGUUAUAAAAAACUAUGAAAUUGAAAGAGGUAAAGUUAGUCAUGGUAAGAAAAGUUGGAUAUCCAAUGUCUUCGGUGAUGAUGAAGAGGAUGCCAAAGAUAUCUAUUUCAACCAAUUGAAGGUGUGGCGAUCUCAAAUACUAGGGUUUAUAGGGAAAUCUUUGGAUAACACUUCUAAGGUUUUCGAAGAUAUUGUCAGAAAGAGACAUCAUAGAGAACAACAAUUGAAUCUACUUAAUUUUCAAAAUUUGGAAGAUAAUAAUGAUAAUUUCGAUUCCGAAUUGAUUACUUCUAAUGUGGAUUAUCAAGAUUUUGAAGAAAACCUGGAUUUGUCCCAAGUCCAAUUACAAGAAUUAAAAACUGAAAAUGAAGAUUAUUUAAAUAUGAAAAACCAACAAUUAAAACAAGUUGAACAACUUCAUAGUUCAAUGGUAGAUAUCAUCAACAUUCAACAAGAAAUAAACUAUCAGAUAUCUCAACAAUCAGAUCAAAUAAGUAACCUUAUUGAUAAUCAAGAUCAAAUAAAUUUAGAUUUAAGAGAAGGUAAUAAGAACUUAUCAAAAGCUACUACCAGAAAUAAGAAAUCUGCUAAUAUGAUUAUAAUGACUAGUAUUCUACUAGGAUGUCUUAUUCUAUUUAUGGACUUUGUGAAUUAA